CGGGAUCAAACGCGUUGGGCCGCCGCCACGGUCGAAAAUCGCCGGAGCCGAUGUCCCAUGCGUCCGCUCGCUACGCGCGCUGGUAGCGUCCCCACUUUCGGAGGAGCGAGCGAGGAAGGCAACGUUCAGAACUAUGGGGCCGCCGCCGACGAAGAAGCAUCGUGCGACCUCUCGAAGUCCGCGCCGUUCGCCGCGGAAGGGAACCGCUGCGGAAGGACAGGGAUACCGGCGCUUUGACGCCAGCAAGACCAGAAGCCGGUCCCGGUCGUCGGGACCGACCGCCAGCCGGCGGGGACAAGCCGGCGGAGGCGGCGGCGGCGGCUCACCGGCUUCGCGUUCCCGCCUCCUGGUCCUGGUCAGCGGCCUGGCCGUCUCCACAUUCUGCGUGCUGGUCGCGUUCUUCGUGGUGUACACGGUGCGCAGCGCCGGUACGCUGGCCACGGCCGCGAGGCGAAGCGACCCUGCAGGCGGCGCGCUUGGGCCAGCCCGGAGCAAGCGCCCGCAGCACGGCGACUUCGCCGCCGCACCUGCGGGAGUGGGCGUCGUCAUACCCGAGAACACCAGGUUCGUGUGCGUGUACCACGAGCAGAACCGACGUCCCGGCUACAGCCCCUACACGUUUCCGCACGCCUACUGCCACGUAGUGGCCUACUGCUGCCUGUCUGUGAACACGGCGCCCGAAGAUACACUGGCGCUGCAGAGCAUUGCCGCCCUAGCCAGCGCCCGUAAGCCGAUCGCAAUCAUCGUCAAAGUGGGUGCCGGCCAGACCGACACCGACCUGACCGCGCUGUUUGGCGCGUGGCGUGCGGCCCAGUUCACGGCGAGGCUGCUGGACGUGCGGCGACGCACGGGGUUCUGCUGCGCCUACCUGCACUGGCGCCGGCCGUCGGCCCUCUACCGGGAUCGCGUCACGCGCCUCGCCGCCGAGCUGCGCGUCGCCCUGCGGGACCACGGCGUCCGCCUCGGCUUCGUGGUGGACGCUGCCACCGCCGGGGCACUCGACGUGCGCGCACUCCUGGCCACCUUAGGGCGUGACUCGCUGCUGGUCGCUCCCGCCCCGUACCCGUCGUCCUCGCCAGGCGCCCUGGGUCCGUCGUACCACGGCUACGAGGCUCUACGGUGGCACAGCCGGCUAGCCGAGCUGGGCGGAAACGCGAGCGCCGGCGCCUGCCACACCGUCAGCUUGGCCGGCGUGGCGAUGGCCGCAGCCAACGCUACGCUAGUGCCGUACGAUCGCAUCUGCACGGCACGCUUUCUCAGGACGCCCAGGACAAGCAGGGACGGCUGGUCAUCGGUGGGUCGCCUGUGGGGCUCCGGCACCCUGGUGUCCUUCCUCUCCCCGGCCCGGGCGCGAUCCUUCGUUGCCGCCGUGCACGAGGAGGCGGGCUCGAGCUGCCUAGGCUUCUGGGAUCCCGAGCACGACGACUUCGCCGGUCGCUGCGGGGGGCCCGAGUACCCGCUCAUAGGGUCCAUUGUGAAACGACUCGACGAUGAGCAGAGACUUACGCCUCCGAGAGUCGUCUCACGCUGGUUGCGGUAUUCGUUCCUCACGGGAAACCAUACAGACGCCGGUGGUGCCGACUCCAUCACCUCCCUGGCGGGCACACGUUCUUCCUCCUGCAGUGUGUCUCCACGGAGGUGCACAAAAAACGUGGAAGCGUCGGCAACCGCAGCAGCAACAGCAACGAAAGCGCGCUAGCUUUCUGCCAGUCUCCUGGGCGCUAGCUACUCGGGCGCAAAUUCCAUCUGGGUUAGC